AUGUCAAUAAAAAGAUUUUUAUUUUUGUUACGGGUUUUGCGAUUCGAUGACAUAAAUACUCGUGAUAACAGAAAGGAAACCGACCACCUGGCACCAAUCCGAGAAAUUUUUGAAAGCUUUGUUGCUCAUUGUAAUCAAAAUUACACACCCGGGGAAUACUGCACUGUGGAUGAAAUGUUGGAAUCAUUCAGAGGCCGCUGUAAAUUUAGAGUUUAUAUAUCCAACAAACCCGCAAAACGUAAAAAUAGAAGGUCAAAAAAGCCAUGUACUUCGUGCAAGCAAUUACUUUGCACCGAACAUGUAAAAUACAUGUGUUCAGUGUGUUUCGAGAGGCACAUUAGUGUAGAUUUAAUGGAUGAAUAA